CAAGACGAAUGUUGCCAUGCUCACCAUUCUCCGCGAAAUCGGAAAGAACCGCAACCCUGAAACAGGUGAGAUCAUGUUGGAUGACUUCAAGAUCAUCUACAUCUCUCCGUUGAAGGCGCUGGUUCAGGAGCAAGUCGGAAACCUCGGCAAGCGACUGGAGCCGUAUGGCAUCAAGGUUGCUGAACUCAGUGGUGAUCGGCAGCUCACCAAGCAGCAAAUUGCUGAAACGCAAAUUAUUGUGACCACCCCCGAGAAGUUUGAUGUUAUUACAAGAAAGGCGUCGGAAACGAGCUACACAAGGCUUGUUCGUCUUGUUGUUAUCGAUGAAAUCCACCUUCUUCACGACGAUCGUGGUCCUGUCAUCGAGAGCAUCGUGAGCAGAACGAUUCGCAAGGUCGAACAGACCGGUGACCCUGUGCGAAUUGUUGGUCUCAGUGCUACCCUUCCUAACUAUCGUGAUGUUGCAAGCUUUUUGCGCGUCGAUCCCCUUAAGGGUCUCUUCCAUUUCGACGGGUCUUAUAGGCCAUGCCCGCUGAAGCAGGAGUUCAUUGGUGUUACCGACAAGAAGGCUAUCAAGCAGUUGAAGACGAUGAACGAUAUUUGCUAUAACAAGGUGCUUGAGCAGGUAGGACAGCGGAGGAAUCAGAUGCUUAUCUUCGUCCACUCUCGAAAGGAGACCGCCAAAACCGCCAAGUACAUCAGGGACAAGGCUCUUGAAAUGGAGACCAUUGGUCAGAUCCUGCGAAGCGAUGCCGCAAGCAGAGCCAUCUUGGCCGAAGAAGCCGAGACCGUGGACGAUCCCUCCCUCAAAGAUCUUCUGCCUUACGGCCUCGGUAUUCACCAUGCUGGUCUGAGUCUUGCGGACCGUGAUUCAGUUCAGGCUCUCUUCAGUGAUGGUAGCAUCCAAGUGCUUGUGUGCACGGCAACGCUCGCCUGGGGUGUCAACCUACCUGCUCAUACCGUCAUUAUCAAGGGUACCCAGAUCUACUCCCCUGAAAAGGGUAGCUGGGUUGAACUUAGCCCUCAAGAUGUUCUCCAGAUGCUGGGACGAGCUGGACGACCUCAGUACGACACAUUCGGUGAGGGUAUUAUUAUUACCUCGCAGACUGAGAUUCAGUACUAUCUGUCGCUUAUGAACCAGCAGCUGCCGAUCGAGAGUCAGCUUAUGAGUAAGCUUGCGGAUAAUAUGAAUGCUGAGAUCGUUCUUGGCAAUAUUCGCACGCGCGACGAGGGUGUGGAUUGGCUAGGAUACACUUAUCUGUUUGUCCGUAUGCUUCGUUCACCCGGAUUGUACAGUGUUGGCGCCGAUUACGAGGAGGACGAGGCACUGGAGCAGAAGCGUGUCGAUCUUGUCCACUCUGCAGCAGUCAUCUUGGAGCGGGCAGGCCUUGUCAAGUACGACAAGAAGACGGGACGCCUGCAGUCGACUGAGCUUGGACGCAUCGCCUCUCAUUACUAUAUUGGCCACAACUCCAUGUUGACGUACUCUCAGCACAUCCAGCCCUCCAUCACGCCCAUCGAACUCUUCCGUAUCUUCGCCUUGAGUGACGAAUUUAAGUACAUUCCAGUCCGUCAAGAUGAAAAGCUCGAGCUUGCCAAGUUGCUGGGACGUGUGCCUGUUCCCGUCAAGGAAGGCAUCGACGAGCCUCAUUCGAAGAUUAACGUGCUCCUGCAGGCCUAUAUUUCCAGACUCAAGCUUGAGGGACUGGCGCUUAUGGCAGAUAUGGUUUAUGUCACACAGUCGGCUGGACGUAUUCUGCGCGCUCUGUUUGAGAUUUCCCUGAAGAAGGGCUGGUCAUCUGUGGCUAAGACGGCUCUUAAUCUCUGUAAGAUGGCUGAACGACGGAUGUGGCCGACGAUGACGCCGCUGCGUCAGUUCCCAACCUGUCCUAGAGACAUCUUGCAGAAGGCUGAGAGAAUCGAUGUGCCAUGGGCUAGUUAUUUCGACCUUGAUCCUCCUCGUAUGGGCGAGCUUCUCGGUAUGCCGAAGGCUGGUCGCAUCGUCUGCGACCUCGUUUCCAAAUUCCCCCGCUUGGAAGUCCAAGCGCAGGUACAGCCUGUCACUCGUUCUAUGCUCCGGGUUGAGUUGACCAUCACCCCCAACUUUGUGUGGGACGAGGCGCUCCAUGGAAACGCGCAGGACUUCUGGAUCUUGGUCGAGGAUUGCGAUGGAGAGGAAAUUCUAUUCCAUGAUCAGUUCCUUCUCCGCGGAGACAUUGCGCAGUCCGAGAUGAACGAGCACCUUGUCGAAUUUACUGUUCCGAUCACCGAACCUAUGCCUCCCAACUACUUCAUCUCGCUCGUUUCGGACCGUUGGAUGCACUCGGAAACGAAGAUUGCUGUUUCUUUCCAAAAGCUUAUUCUUCCGGAGCGCUUCCCCCCGCACACUCCUCUGCUGGAUAUGCAACGUGCCCCAGUCAAGGCACUGAAGCGCGAUGAAUACCAGCAACUGUACCCUGAGUGGCAAUACUUCAACAAAAUCCAGACACAGACCUUCAAGUCUCUGUUCGACACGGAUGACAAUGUCUUUAUCGGUGCUCCUACCGGCAGUGGCAAGACCGUUUGCGCAGAGCUUGCGCUGCUGCGUCAUUGGACUCAGGAAGACAGUGGUAGGGCCGUUUACAUUGCCCCGUUCCAGGAAUUGGUUGAUCAACGUCUCGCCGAUUGGGAGAAGCGACUGAGCAAUAUCGCCGGUGGAAAGACCAUUGUGAAGCUUACUGGAGAGACGACUGCCGACCUCAGGCUUUUAGAACGUGCCGAUCUUGUCCUUGCCACACCUACUCAAUGGGAUGUCUUGUCCAGGCAGUGGCGGAAGCGUAAGAACGUCCGUGCAGUGCAGCUUUUCAUCGCUGAUGAGAUCCAAAUGCUCGGCGGUUAUGGAGGAUACGUGUAUGAGGUGGUUGUCUCUCGUAUGCACUCUAUGGCGCUGGAAACUGAGAGUGGCAUGCGUAUUGUUGGCCUGAGCGUGCCGCUUGCCAAUGCUCGCGACCUGGGUGAGUGGAUCGGUGCCAACAAGCACACAAUCUACAACUUCAGCCCGCAUGCCCAACCGGUGCCUCUCGAGCUUCACAUCCAGUCUUUCACCAUUCCUCACUUCCCCUCGCUUAUGCUCGCCAUGGCUAGGCCAGCGUAUCUUUCGAUUCUUCAGCUAUCCCCCGACAAGCCUGCCAUUGUUUUCGUGCCUAGCCGCAAGCAGACUCGUUCGACCGCCAUGGAUCUCCUAGCUGCCUGCGCUACUGAUGAUGAUGAAGACCGGUUCCUUAACGCCGAUGUCAAUGAGCUGGCACCCCUCCUAAGCCGUAUCAAUGAACGGACCCUCGCAGAGUCACUAACUCACGGCAUUGGCUACUACCACGAAGCGCUCAGCCCUACCGACAAGCGCAUUGUCUCUCAUCUCUUCAGCAUCGGUGCAAUUCAAGUCCUCCUUGCCUCCAGAGAUGUUUGCUGGGAGCUCAAUCUCACCGCGCACCUUGUGAUUGUCAUGGGAACACAGUUCUUCGAAGGCCGGGAGCAUCGCUAUAUCGACUACCCUAUCAGCGAGAUUCUCCAGAUGUUCGGCAAGGCCUCUCGUCCCGGUGAGGAUAAGAUUGGCCGUGGUGUGCUUAUGGUCCCAGCUGUCAAGCGGGAAUACUACAAGAAGUUCCUCAACGAAGCAUUGCCCGUUGAGAGUCAUCUGCAAGCCUACUUGCAUGACGCCUUCGUCACAGAGAUCAGCACCAGGACGAUUGGAUCAACCCAGGAUGCGAUCGACUGGAUGACCCACACCUAUUUCUAUCGCCGGCUUUUGGCUAACCCCAGCUUCUACGGUCUGACCGAUGUCAGUCACGAGGGUCUCAGUACUUUCCUGUCGGAACUACUGGAGAACACUCUGAAGGAAUUGUCGGAUGCCAAGAUCGUUGAUCUGGAUGAAGAGGAUGACAGUGUAUCGCCCUUGAACGCGGCCAUGAUUGGAUCUUACUACAAUAUCUCUUUCAUUACGAUGCAGACCUUCCUUCUCUCCCUGUCGGCUCGCACGAAGCUCAAGGGUAUCCUGGAGAUUGUCACGUCAGCCACAGAAUUCGAGUCGAUCCAGAUGCGCCGUCACGAGGACCACAUCCUACGUCGCGUAUACGACCGUGUGCCUGUUAAGAUGUCGCAGGUCGCCUACGACUCGCCGCACUUCAAGGCCUUCGUGCUGCUGCAAGCUCACUUCUCGCGCAUGCAGUUGCCGAUCGAUCUUGCAAAGGACCAGGAGGUCAUUGUCAGCAAGGUUCUGAACCUGCUCAGCGCUUGUGUUGAUGUUCUCUCUUCGGAGGGCCACCUGAACGCCAUGAACGCCAUGGAGAUGUCCCAGAUGGUUGUCCAGGCCAUGUGGGACCGCGACAGCCCACUGAAGCAGAUUCCUCACUUUGGCCCCGACGCUAUCAAGGUGGCCAACGAGUACAACAUCAACGAUAUCUUCGAGUUCAUGGAAGCCAUGGAUCCCUCCGAGAACAAGGACUACGCGACAUUGGUCAAGCGCCUUGGCCUGGACAACAGGCAAUUGGCACAAGCCGCGGCCUUCACCAACGAGAAGUAUCCCAACCUCGAACUGGACUUCGAAGUCGAAGAUCCAGAGGGCGUCACCUCCGGCGAGCCAAGCUACCUCAAGAUCAAGAUCGAGCGCGAGGUCGAAGAAGACGAAGAGCCCGACACCUCCGUGCACGCACCUUUCUACCCCAACAAGAAGAUGGAGAACUGGUGGCUCGUGGUCGGAGACGAGAAGACAAAGAACCUGCUGGCUAUCAAGCGUAUCACUAUUGGUCGCAAAUUGGAGCUGCGUCUUGAAUAUAUCGUGCCUACGCCUGGUGAGCACGAGCUGACUCUGUACUUGAUGAGUGACAGUUACGUCGGUGUGGAUCAGGCUCCUACGUUUACUGUUAGGGCUGCUGAGGGAAUGGAUGAGGAUGAGGACGAGGAAGAGGAAGACGAGGAGUAGAUGGCGGAUGUCUGCUCUUUGGACGGUUGGGUUGGGAAUUAUAAAUGAUUUCGUUAUGGUUCGCAUUUCUGUAUUAUAUGUGUAAUGUGGAAUAACAUGAAUCGUUGUUCAAAUUUUGGACUCUGCUGGCGUACUAUCAUACCUUCUGAAUCUCUGUCAUGGAC